UAGGCUGCAAAUAAGAAGCUUUCUCAUUCCACAUGCAGCAGAACUGCCAGACUAGGGAGAGACAGACAAUGAUGCGACCAGAAAUUCGUUCCCCCCUGCCGCGUUCGCAGUGAGUGCUUGUUCCAGAAGGCAAUGACCAAAACUGAUUAGGCAUCUGUCUCGAGCCUACUUGGAACCCGACCCUGCUUCCUCCUCCUGCCCUCUCUUUUUCCCUCUAUCCACAUCCCCUCCCCUUGGAAAAUCUAGGAAAAGAGGGUUUGCUGACGGUUGCUAUCAACGCCAUAAAUCGUUCCACAACAUCCAGGUUGAGAUCUAGGAAUCUUCAAACACGAACGAAUAAACAGGAAGACACUUGACCAUCGACCCUUAUUGCGUUUUGCCAUCGGUGAGAGAUCUUCGUGGGUUGAUUCUCCUCAUCUCUCCAUGCAGUCACCAUGCAGAGAGCAAUUGGCUUUCCUGCACUUUGCCUGCUUGUUAAUCUCCACGCCGCAGGAUGUUUCUCAGGAGAUAGUGACCACCUAUUGGCAAUUCAUCAGCAGAAGAGUGGGAAACCUGUAUUUAUCUACCACCAUGUGCAAACUAUUGAGAAGAGCUUGGACACAAGCCAUGAAAAAAAAUAUAAAUACAGCUUCCAUUCUCCUCAUAUACAAACAAGCAAACGACACCCUGGCAUAACUGUUAAAUCCACAUUUCCCAAACCUGUCUAUGACUCCUCUCUCAACUUGUUGGCAAUGACUGGUCAAGAUCUGGAAGUGGAAAACCUUCCAAUCCCUGAAGCAAAUGUAAUUAUUGUGACGCUGCAAAUGGACAUAAACAAGCUUAACAUAACUUUGCUCCAAAUAUUUCGUCAAGGAGUGGCAGCAGCUUUAGGACUCCUACCACAACAAGUUCACAUCAAUCGCCUAAUUGGGAAGAAGAACAGCAUUGAGCUGUUUGUAUCUCCAAUAAAUAGGAAAACUGGAAUUUCAGAUGUUCUGCUAUCUGAAGAAGUGCUGCAUUCGCUUAAUAUCAAUGUUUUACAUCAGAGUCUAUCUCAAUUUGGAAUUAUAGAAAUCUCCCCUGAGACUAAUGUCUUACAAGGGCAACAUGGAGCGGAUAAGAUCUGGAGCAAAGAAGGAUUUUAUGCUGUUAUCAUUUUCCUCAGUAUCUUUAUAAUGAUCGUCACUUGUCUGAUGGUUCUUUACAGAUUAAAAGAAAAAUUUCAGCUUUCUCUGAGACAAGACAAGGAGAAAAACCAAGAGAUCCACCUAUCUUCCAUCCCAUUACAGGCCACCCAAUCUGACACAAAAACAGUCACCAGCAUGGUCCAACCUAAGCACACCCCUAAACUGGUGAAUGUCAUAGUGGAUCCUCAAGGCCAAUGCACUCCUGAGGUCAAACCUGCUAUUUCUGCUAGUCUAUCGCCUUUCAAAAUGAAAUCUGUAGGACUUCAGGAGAGACGGGGAUCCAAUGUGUCUCUUACUUUGGACAUGAGUGGUUUGGGAAGCAUUGAGCCUUUUGUGGCUGUACCAACACCAAGGGAGAAAGUAGCAAUGGAGUAUCUGCAGUCAGCCAGCCGGAUUCUCACAAGGUCACAGUUGAGGGACACCAUGGCAAGUUCUCAUUUACUCCAGACUGAAUUCAUGGAAAUACCAAUGAACUUCGUGGAUCCCAAAGAAAUUGACAUUCCACGUCAUGGAACUAAAAACCGCUACAAAACCAUUUUGCCAAAUCCUCUUAGCAGAGUGUACUUGAAGCCAAAACAUCCAACUGAUUCUUUGAGCACCUAUAUUAAUGCUAACUACAUUAGGGGUUACAGUGGUGAGGAGAAAGCUUUCAUCGCUACACAAGGCCCCAUGAUUAACACCGUGAAUGAUUUCUGGCAUAUGGUCUGGCAAGAGGACAGCCCCAUCAUUGUUAUGAUCACAAAGUUAAAAGAAAAAAACGAGAAAUGUGUACUCUACUGGCCAGAAAAGAGAGGGAUAUAUGGAAAAGUUGAAGUUUUGGUUCGUGGUGUGAAAGAAUGUGAUAACUAUACUGUCCGAAACCUUACUCUAAAGCAAGGAAGUCACACCCAACAUGUGAAGCAUUAUUGGUAUACAUCCUGGCCGGAUCAUAAAACCCCCAACAGUGCUCAGCCCCUUCUUCAACUCAUGCUGGAUGUAGAAGAUGACAGGAUUGCCUCUUCUGGCAGAGGACCUAUAAUUGUACACUGCAGUGCUGGAAUAGGCAGAACUGGAUGUUUUAUUGCCACAUCCAUUGGUUGUCGACAACUGAAAGAAGAAGGAGUGGUUGAUGCACUCAGCAUUGUAUGUCAGCUUCGUGUAGACAGGUUCUCACUCCUGGGGAAUGCCAGAAGAAUCACCUCCACAAAGACUAGAGAAGAAUUUCAUGACAUGUAUGGGAAAUUUUCAUGACUUGUUUGGGAGUUCCUGCACAACUUAACUACCAGAGACAUAUUUGAUGGUUCUCAAGAUAUCACUGGUACCAGAAGGAACAGAAGAGCUAAGAUCCAAUUCCUUGAGGCAUCUCAUUUUUUUUAACUCAAAAUACCUUCUCCUCUGUUUUUAUUUUUGCUACUUAGACAAAUGUAAAUGGUGCAUCAAAAUUCUUUUAAGAA